GGUGACCGAGUGAGUGAGAGAGCGAGUGAGUGUUUGUGUGUGGAAAGGUCGCUUCUACGCCGCACGGAAGCAUGUCAUCAUCUCAGAACGAGUAGUUAUGACCGCGCGAUCGCGGCCUGCGGCGAUCAGCCAAGGGAGUCACUUGCACUCUUGUAAAGCAUCCUUAUAACACCUCACUUUCCACCCCAUCACCAGAAAUACGUCAGGAGCAGGAAGACGCCAGUCGGCAAAAGGACACUCUAGUUCACAUCGUCCCUCACUCACCCAGACGCCGAACGUAUGCCAACCUGCCGCGUUACAACGAAGGAUCGAACCUAUCGAACCAUCCCAGUGCACCCUCUCGACUCAACUCAUACUUCCCAUACAUAACGCACUCAACGAGUUACCACCAUGGACGGUCUUCCAGCAGCGGGACAAAUCGACAUGAGCGAAGUGGCGGAUCUCCUCUUAGGCGACGAGCCGCACGAUCCGUCGGAGGGCGAUCUGGAGGUGCAGGAGCUCGAGCAGCGCAUGUGGAAGGACCGCCUCAAGCUGCGCCACAUUAAGGACGCGUCCGCCGCGGCGGCGGCGGGCGCGGGAGUGGGGGCGGGCGGGGCUUCGUCCGGCGAGAAUGGGGAGUUUGGGGGGCUGAAGUGCCGGCCGGAUUGGGGCGUGGAGGACGAGGAGGAGGAGGACGAGGAGCAACAGCCGCAGAAGCACAGACCGACUCAGUCUCAGCAAGAUGCGGCGCGGCGGAAGAAGAUGUCGCGCGCGCACGACGGAAUUCUCAAGUACAUGCUCAAGCUCAUGGACGCGUGCAACGCGCAGGGCUUCGUCUACGGCAUCAUUCCCGAGAAGGGCAAGCCCGUCGGGGGCUCCUCCGACAACCUCCGCAGCUGGUGGAAAGACGAGGUUCAAUUCGACCGCAGCGGGCCCGCGGCGGUUUCGAAGUAUAACGAGGAACAAGCGGCGGCGCAAGCGGGGAGAAUGAUGGUGAUGCAGAUGGAAGCUGCGGCGGCAGCGGGGGGGGCGGGGGUUGACGGGAGCGCUGGCGCGGGCGGGGUGGUGGUUGGGCCUGGCGGCGUGCCAUUGGUUGGGCCCGGUUCGAUUUCUACACCGCGUACACUACAAGAUCUGCAAGAUACAACUCUGGGUUCGCUUUUAUCCGCGUUAAUGCAGCACUGUGAUCCGCCACAAAGACGGUUCCCGUUGGAAAAGGGUGUACCCCCGCCGUGGUGGCCCACGGGGAACGAAGCGUGGUGGCCGCAGCUGGGGCUCCCGCGGGGCAGCGGAUCGCCCCCUUAUAAGAAGCCUCACGAUUUGAAAAAAGCGUGGAAGGUUGGUGUGCUGACCUCGGUGCUUCGUCAUAUGGCUCCGAACAUUGCCAAACCUCGGAAGCUGGUUCGGCAAAGCAAGUGUCUACAGGACAAGAUGACGGCUCGGGAGACCAGCAUAUGGCACAUGGUGCUCGAUAACGAGGAGGCUCUAUGCAAACAAGAGGCGGCUUCAAACGGAGCGGCGGGGAGUGAAGGUCCCGGUAAUUCCGCCGCGAUUCCCGCCCCGAACGGCGCCAGCGCUCUCCCGCACAGCAACAGCGUCAGCAGCGGAAUCAUGACGCUCGCCGGCAGCAACAACAACGGCCCUAACGGCGCCGGCAGCAGCGCUAGCGGCUUGCCGUCAUCUAUUCAGCGCGGGAACGGCCUCAAGAUUCUUCGCGCGUUUGCACACGAGAACGCCGGCAUCGCUAACGGCGCUGGGGGCACCCCUAACGGCGCCGGUCUCUUUCGAGCCGUUAAUUCUGACGGCCAACGGUCUGUGGACCGGCAUGCCGCCGACAAUGGCGCCACGGACCUGGCUCCCUUCUCCCUCUCCGCAUACGACGGCGGCGUUAACAGCGUUAGCAGCCCCGGCGGCAACGGCGGCGGCGGUGACGGCGGGGAUUGCGGCGGAAGCCCUAUGAGCGGGCAGCUUAAGCGCGCGUGCUCCGCGCUUGGCUCGUACGCCGCGAAUCUGAAUCGCUCCGCAUCCGGCGGCGGUAGUGACGCGCGCGCUGGCGGUGUGCCUGGCGGCGGAACCGGGAUUACUAUAAACGAGGAUGUGGGGUCGCCGUGGGGGAACGGGGAGGGGGCAGGGGGGAGUGUGGCGGCGGGGGGAGGCGGUGGAGGGAGGGACCUGGUUCCCGAGCACCGGAUUUUCAAGUGCCCGUACGAGGGCUGCCCGCGGCGCGAGUGGAAAAACGCGUUUGCUGACCGGAAUCUGAGGAACAUCCACCAAUUGCGGUGCCCAUUCCGACCCGGCGCCAAGGCGCAACAGCAGCAACAGCAACAGCAACAGCAGCAGCAACAGCAGGAGGGCGACACAACCCCCUCUCCCCCUCUCCCAAUUCAUGCUUUCGCUAAUCCUGGAAGUAGUGGCGGCGGCCACGCGGCUUCUGCUGCUGCUCCUGGCAGCUCAGGUGUUCCUUCAGGUGUCGGAAUUCCCUCCUGGGCCAUGGACCAUUCCUCCUCCCAACCCUCGCUCUCUUCCGUGCCUCACAUGAGCCUAGGCUCGGGGCUAGGCUCGCCACCUCAUGGCUCCGGACCUGCGGCUCCAGGUUCGGUUGCCGGACCUGGCCCGAUGGGUUGGAUGCAGCAGUGGCCUAUGCCUCACCACCACCAGCACGGCCAGUUCUCCAUGCCCAUGCAGCAUCCCGGAUCCUACGCUGCUACCACGUCAUCAUAUGCCGGCUACAACAUGAGCAUGGGGAUGGGCAUGGGAGGAUACCCCAUGGGCGUCACUCCCUACCCUGGUCCGGGGACAGGCUCGGCAGCAGGCUCGGGGAUGGGAGGUGCGGGUUUCAAUCAGCCGUUCAGUCACGGCCCUGCUUCCUUGGGGGUCAACUCCUCUUCCCCGUACGCCCCGUCUCAUCUUGCCACGUCAGCAGCAGGGGGUGGUGGUUACCCGUUCCUGCAGAUGAUGCCAAACAAUGCCGGCCAGCAGCAGCAGCAAAUGCUGCCCCCUUCGUUGUCUCUUGCCCGGGCAGGGUCGGUGAACAGUAGUGUGGAGGAGAGGGGGGGAGGAGGAGGAGUAGGAGUGGCGGAAGUAGGAGGGGAAGGAGGGGGGGGAGAAAGGGGAAUGAGUGAUUUGGUGGGUCGGGCAGUGUACGGUGGUGGUUCAGCUGGUUUCGGGCAGGAGCUUAAAGUUUCCUGUGCUGUGGAAGGCCAUGAAAGGAGUCGUGCGAGUGGCGGCGUGCAGGUGAAUUUCCUGCAUCAUGAGGGGAUGGAUGGCUCUGGGCUGCCCGGAAAAGAUGCACCAGGGCGACAGAACAGCAGUGGCGUCAUGUUUUCAAGUCAGGGAUGCAUGGUUAUGGGUCAAUCCCUGAUUGGCCGGUCCCAUCACAGUCUCGUCCCUAAAACGAGGUGUGACUCUAAGGGGGAUGACUCCAACGGGGACGAUUCUAGCACCAAGAGCUGGUCCCAGGAGGGCGGUAAGGAGAGCCCUUCGUUACAAGCACAUGACCAUGUGGACGGGGGGAGAGGGGGGAUGAUGCUCGGCGGGGGAGGUGGUGGAGGCGGGUGUGAGGAUGACUAUCGGCAUAUUGACUUUGGGAAUGACCCGCUCAAGGUGUUCGGAUACCUGGACGAGGACGGCCAUGCACACAUGCAUUAGACCUAUGCUGGACACGCGCACACACAUGCUGGACCAGAUGUGUGCAUGUAUGAGAAAGUGAGAGGAUCUGGUAGUACCCCCAGGAGAUGUACAGCUUCACUUAGUUUUCACUCCCAGAUCUGGUAGUACCCCCAGGAGCAGUGUUGCAGUGAAGCACAUGCUGCUGCGACUUGGCACCGCUAACAGUUUGCUUUUACAUGGCUUUUGUACCAGUAAAAUUUUUAAGUCAUGU